UGAACAAUGAAUCCUAAGGGCAUAUCCUUAAUCAUUUUCAUCGGCCUCAUUGCUAUUUUAUCAUCCAAUCAAUUCAGGAAUGUACCUUUCUUGAUCCUUGAGUAUGUUAACGAUCUUAUUACCCUUGAAAUGCUCUCGUCAUCUACCGUUAUUCCGAUUGAUCUGAUGCUUGGUUAUAAUAGAGGUCAUCAUCAUCAUCAUCACGAUGACAAGAAAAGGAAAAUAGUGUCAAUCUGUGAUGAUUUUCCACCUGAUUUUCCCCCUCCAGAUACCAACACAACAUCCACAAUAUGUGUUGAUCAUAAUGGUUGCUGCAACUUCACCACCGUACAAGCUGCUGUCGAUGCUGUUGAAGUUCUCAGCUCGAAAAGGACUAUAAUAUGGAUAAAUAAUGGCAUUUACUUCGAGAAAGUUAUCAUUCCGAAAACAAAACCAAACAUCUCCUUUCAAGGACAAGGCUUUACGUCCACGGCAAUUGUGUGGAAUGAUACAGCCAAUUCUUCGCAUGGCACAUUUUACAGCGGCUCCGUUCAAGUUUUUGCUGCCAACUUCAUAGCCAAGAAUAUAAGUUUCAUGAACGUGGCCCCUAUACCUGGUCCGGGAGCAGUGGGAGCACAAGCAGUAGCGAUGAGAAUAGCGGGAGACCAAGCGGCCUUCUGGGGUUGUGGGUUCUUUGGAGCGCAGGACACCCUGCAUGAUGACCGAGGCCGCCACUAUUUUAAAGAAUGUUACAUACAAGGCUCCAUUGAUUUCGUCUUUGGCAAUGGGAAAUCAUUUUAUGAGAAUUGCCGGUUAACCUCAAUAGCGAACCCAGUGGCAGUAGGAGCAAGGGCGAUAACCGGAGCAGUGACGGCGCAUGGGCGAGCUUCCAAGGACGAAAACAGUGGCUAUGCUUUCGUGAAUUGCAGCAUUGGAGGAACAGGAAGAAUCUGGCUGGGACGAGCGUGGAGGCCCUUCUCCACUGUUGUGUUUGCUUACACUUCUAUGUCUGACAUCAUUGCUUCUGAGGGAUGGAAUGACUUCAAUGAUCCUUCCAGAGACCAGACUGUUUUCUAUGGGGAGUACAAUUGUUCUGGCAAUGGAGCUAAUACAACACUAAGGGUGCCUUAUGCCCAAAAGCUCGAUGACACACAAGCUACACCUUUUCUGAAUAUUUCUUUCAUGGAUGGUGAUCAGUGGCUGCAACCAUACAGUUAAUUUGAACAAGGUGUUAAUUAAGUUGUGGGAAGAAUUUGGAAUGGCUGAAUUCAGAAUUGGGUGUUUUCAAUUUUCAAUGAUUUAAAUUAUAAUGAUUGAAGGAUGAAUAAAUUUAUUUGGAAUUAAUUUCUGAAAUGAUUUAUUG